AUGGCUUUUGAGAAUGCCAGUAAACGACCACCCCAGGACUUUGUAGCUCCUAUGGAUCCAAAAAAAAGAAAGGUCCAGUUUUCCGAUAAUACUGGCCUGGUAACACUUCAAUCAGAGGAAAUAAAAGAUGAAGAGUUUUCAACAGCCAUGUAUAGCAGGUUCGUGAAAUCUGCCCUAGAUGAUCUGGAUAAGAAUGAUUCAACCCAGAUCGGCAUAAUUGCCAAUCAAGUAGCGCUUCCGAAAAAGAAUCCUGAGAGAAUCGAUGAUAAGAAUUUCAAUAUUCUUUUGGAUAUCUUAUCUAGUAAUAUUAACAGGAUAGAAUCCUCCAGGGGAACUUUCCUCAUACAAUCUAUUAUAAACUUUGAGAAGUGGUGGGAAUUGCCUCCACAAACUCUAAGUAAAUAUAUAUAUUUCAUCAAAAUCCUUUGCUCGAGUAUACCCAAAUGGUGGCAAGACGUUUCGAUGAUACUGGUAUCUUGUUUUAUUUUACCAAUCGAACAGACAGUGUGUCAUCAUGACAUGCUUAAGUAUUUCUUAAGGAUGAUCCCCUCUUCGAUGGGAUUCAUAGAUACAUAUUUGGCCAAAUUUUUCCCAAAUAAAAACGAUACUCGGAGAAAAUUGGUUAAUUACACUUCAAAUUUGCUGAAAUUGAGAGGCUACUGCUCCGAACUAGGGUUCCAAAUCUGGUCCUUACUGAUAGAAAAAAUUAUUUCGAUUGAUGUUGAAUUACAAAAUGAAUUGGAUGAAUUGGAUGAUGAUGUAGAUGAUGAUGACCUAGAGGAAGUUGAUAUAGAGGAUGACGACGAUUUAGAGGAUGAUUCAAGAGACGAUAAUGACGAAAACUGCGAGGAUAGCGGUAAUGAAGAGUUAAGAUCCGGAGAAACAGACGCUAAUCAAAGUGACAGUGAAGAUUUGGACAUCAUUGAAGGUAUGGACGGUGCAGAAGAAUAUAAUGUGGAGUUGACGCAAGGAAUCAAAGAACUUUCUACCAAAUUGGACUCUAUCUUAACAUUAGUAAGCACCCAUGUAGAGGAGCAAGUAACGCCAGAAAGCUUAGAAAGUGGCGAAGGGGUAGGAGUAUUCAAUACUUUAACAACAUUAUUCAAAACACACGUUCUACCCACGUAUUAUACCAGAUCGAUUCAAUAUAUUAUGUUUCAUGUUUCACAACAACAACUAGAACUAAUGGAUUCAUUUUUAGUCACACUUAUAGAUAUAUCAUUUGCCGCCAACGAAGCUGCAGAGAAGAAGAUUAAGUCAUUACAAUAUUUGGGAUCAUAUAUUGCAAGGGCCAAGAAACUUUCCAGAACUCAAAUCAUUUUCGUUGCAAGCUAUUUAACGUCGUGGUUAAACAGAUAUGUUAUCGAAAGAGAGGAAGAAGUUGACCAACGUGGGGGUAUGGAAAGGUUUAAACAUUUCUAUGCUGCAUUCCAAGCACUUUGUUACAUCUUCUGCUUCAGGCACAACAUCUUCAGAGAUACUGACGGUAACUGGGAAUGUGAACUGGAUAAGUUCUUUCAAAGAAUGGUCAUUUCAAAAUUUAACCCAUUAAAGUUUUGCAAUGAAAAUGUUAUGCUGAUGUUUGCUCGUAUUGCCCAACAAGAAAGUGUUGCGUACUGCUUUAGCAUAAUUGAAAACAAUAAUAAUGAAAGACUGAGAGGAAUUAUCGGCAAGGCUGAUAGCGACAGGAAGGAAAAUUCGGUACAAGCAAACACUGCAUCAUCUUCUUGGUCGUUGGCCACUCGACAGCAAUUUAUUGACCUGCAGAGUUACUUCCCAUUUGAUCCUCUGUUCCUGAAAAACUAUAAGAUUUUAAUGAAGGAAUACUACAUAGAGUGGAGUGAAGCAAGCGGCGAAUAUGAAAGUGAUGGGUCAGAUGACUAA